UUGAGGAACGGAGGGGCCGAAGGUGGACGCACGAGAGGUAGCGAAAGACUGCGGAGCCGAGAGAGGACGAGAGAGGUAGCGGAAAACUGCUGAGGUUUAGAGAAGAGUAAAGACAAGAAGCAUCAAAAGUCCCAUAGUCGGUACCCCACCAGAUUCAGGGAUGUAGCCGAAGAGGGGAGAGCUCAGCCUUUCCGAGCUCAUCACUAUGAAGAAGCAUUCGGCCAGGGUUGCCCCGCUGUCCGCUUGCAACAGCCCGGUGCUCACCUUAACGAAAGUCAAAGGAGAAGACCGACCCAGAGAGAAUGUGGUGGGCAGCACAGCGGACGGCCAGGCGGCAAACGGCGUGGCGCCGGGGGCGGAGCCUGCUACGGGGAGGUGGAGACUUCGUUGCUGCAUCAAAGUUACGGCCGUACAGGUGCGGAAGGCGCUGUGGGGCGUUGCCAUGGUGAUGUGUGUGUGCUCAUCGUGGGCGGGGUCCACCCAGCUGGCCAAGCUCACCUUUAAGCAGUUUGACGCUCCAUUCACCCUCACCUGGUUCGCCACCACCUGGAACUGCCUGUUCUUCCCCCUCUACUACAUCGGACACCUGUGUAAGAGCCCUGAGAAACAGACCCCCAGACAGAGGUUCAGGGAGUGUUGUCGGUUCUUUGGGGAUGACGGGCUGACAGCCAAGGUGUUCUUCACUAAGGUGGCUCCGUUUGGAUUGCUGUGGAUCCUCACCAACUACCUGUACCUACAGGCCCUGAGGAAGAUCAACACUACAGACGUGUCAGCUCUGUUCUGCUGCAACAAGGCCUUCGUAUUCCUGCUCUCUUGGAUCGUACUGAGAGACCGCUUCAUGGGGGUCAGGAUCGUGGCGGCCAUCUUUGCCAUCGCUGGCAUCGUGAUGAUGACCUACGCUGACGGUUUCCACAGCCACUCUGUCAUGGGGAUCACCUUCGUUGUGGCCUCCGCUUCUAUGUCUGCACUCUACAAGGUGCUCUUUAAAAUGGUCCUGGGCAGUGCCAAGUUUGGGGAGGCAGCGCUCUUUCUGACCAUCGUCGGGGGGGCUAAUUUUGUGUUCAUCAGCUUUGUGCCAGUCAUCCUGUACUUCACCCAUGUGGAAUACUUUGGUUCUCUUGAGGACAUCCCCUGGUUAUACCUCUGUGGGGUAGCAGGCCUGCUCUUUGCUUUCAAUAUCCUGGUGAACUUUGGCAUUGCCAUCACGUACCCCACAUUAAUCUCUCUGGGCAUCGUCCUGAGUGUCCCUGUCAAUGCCAUGGUUGACCUGUACACAUGUGAGAUCCACUUCAACGCAGUGCGUCUGAUCGCCGUGUUGAUCAUCUGCCUGGGCUUCCUGAUGUUGCUGCUUCCAGAGGACUGGGACCAGUGCUUCAUCCAGCUCCAUGCUAAGCUGCAGAGUAAACGGGAGGAACCAGCCGAGGAGGAGGCAGGGCCCGGCUCCAGCCUCAACUGGAGCAGGAGAGCAAGGCCCUCCAUGUCUACCUUUACACACUGACCACCGUUCAAUGCGGAGGGACGGACGGACGGACACACUGAAACAGACAGGCAGAGGCAAACACACACAUGAAUGGAUGAAUGGACAGAUGGACAGAUACAGACACACAUACAGUGUACAGACACACAUACAGAUACACACACACACACCUUGGACACUUGAUUGCCAUGAUGACCUGCAUGGUCGCCCUCCGCCCUCUCUCUCUCUAUCUCUUUCCCCUUCGCUCUCACUAGUUUCUGCCUGUAAACCUUUCUGUUGGUCUGUCAGUCCGUCUGGGUCUGUUCAAGACCUAUUCAUUUCAAUGCUAAAAGCACUGAUAUCAAUGUUUGUUCAUUUCACAAUCAACAAACAAUUAUUUCCUACUUGACCUCCACCAUUUUAGAAGUCAUCAGAGUUGGUGCAUGGGCUCACGUCAUUUAGCAAUACCUCAAAGUCAUCCCAUUGGACUGAUACAUGUAUUUACAUCAUGCCUGGGAAGACUUGCCUCUGCUUUUCAAAAGACAAGGAUAGAUUGACAGACUAAUAAUAGUUACAUUUUUUUGUCAGUAUUUGUCAGACUGAUGAUGGACUUUCUGGCUUUAACAUCAUGUUCCCAUCAACCUUCAAGAUCCAAAGAAGAAGAGAACCAGGAGAGACGGAGUUCUGGUGGGCAUGUCCCUGUCGUCCCUCAGGUGUCAACAUCAUGGCAAAGACCUGCCUUUAGUGCACUGUAGAUCUCCACAGCCCAAUUCCAAACGGACGCUCGCCCCUAAACCCUAGCCCCUAAACCCUAGCCCCUACUACUUUGGCAGUUCAUGGAGAUCUGAAAAGAUUAGAUAGGUAUAAUCAGUAUGGUAAUAAGUCCAUAUUGUCCUCUAUUAGAUAGGCAUAAUCAGUAUGGUAAUAAGUCCAUA